CUCUCUCUUCCCCGAGGCUAUGUCCACCCAGGGCGGCGCGGGGGGCAGCGCCAGAGGCACGCAGCCGCGCGGGGGCCACGGAGCCCAGCCGCAACCCUCCAAGAUGCACUUCGGACCCCCGCGGCUGGAAGCAUGAGCUUGUCCUUCCUCCUCCUCCUCUUCCUCAGCCACCUGAUCGUCAGUGCUUGGGCUCACGGGGAGAAGCGUCUGGCCUUCAAAGGGCAAGUGGGACCGGCUGUCACGGAGAGGAACCCGGGGGACUCCGGCACCCGUCGGAACAGCAGUAGCGCGCGUGGGUCUCCGGCCCCCUCGGCCCCGGCGGCGGCGGCGGCGUCCGCGGGCGGCCCGGGCAGCGGCGCGGAGCAGGGCACUUUCCAGUGGAGCCCCUCGGGGCGUCGCACCGGCAGCCUCUACUGCAGGGUGGGCAUCGGCUUCCAUCUGCAGAUCUACCCGGAUGGCAAAGUCAACGGCUCCCACGAAGCGAAUAUGUUAAGUAUUUUGGAAAUAUUUGCUGUGUCUCAGGGGAUUGUAGGAAUACGAGGAGUUUUCAGCAACAAAUUUUUAGCGAUGUCAAAAAAAGGAAAACUCCAUGCAAGUGCCAAAUUUACUGACGACUGCAAGUUCAGGGAACGCUUUCAAGAAAACAGCUAUAAUACCUAUGCUUCAGCAAUACACAGAACUGAAAAGACAGGGCGGGAGUGGUACGUGGCCCUGAAUAAAAGAGGGAAAGCCAAAAGAGGCUGCAGCCCGCGGGUGAAGCCCCAGCAUAUAUCCACCCAUUUUCUACCCAGAUUCAAGCAAUCUGAACAGCCAGAACUUUCUUUCACAGUUACUGUUCCUGAAAAGAAAAAGCCACCUAACCCUGUCAAGCCAAAGGUCCCCUUGUCUACACCUCGAAAAAACCCCAAUACAGUGAAAUACAGACUCAAGUUCCGCUUUGGAUAAUUCUCAUCUUCGCUUUGGGAGAAACCACUGUUUACCUUCAGGAGUUUCUGCAGGUGUCUUUAGAGCUUUGAAGAACUUUUAGACACAGUCUCAGACUGAACUUAGAUUGUAUGGAAGUCAGGUUAUAUGUUUUGGUUUAACUAAAACAACAACAAAAAAUGCUUUCUUUGCUAUUCACAGAACUGGAAUUCUGUGUUUCAAUACAGGGAGUAUACCACUUCAGCUCAAGAACACAUAAAGCCUUUUGCUUUAUGUUUAAGGGAUAUUUGGAAUUCCAUGUUUUUCAGAAAGUUAAAUAGUCUGGACUACGUAUUUUUCUGACUUUUACAGAUCCACGUGAAAGAACAGACAUGAAACAUUUUAUUUUUUUGGUUUCCAAAGAAUAUUUUG